AUGGCUGGCUCAUCAGACCAUCAUUUUGUUGAGAAUCUAGAGAACGGCAAGACCUUUGCUCAGGUGAAGGGUGAGGUGGUCCGCGCCGCAUCUAUUCAUCUCGUCAUUUGCCGAAGAGGCGGCACGCUCAUGCAGCGAAACCAUCCCGUCAUCGUGCUUCGAGACCCAUGUGAUAAGCACAAGAGCCCUCCCGGAUCCUCCGGUAUCCGACUGAGACAUAGACAAAAGUGUUCCGACGGGUUGCUUGUUCACGAGAAAGUCCAAUACGAGCUCAUCAAGAAGCUAGCCCGGCGCGUAGAAGGGUACAGGCCCGGCCAAGGCAUCAACGAAAGUGCCAUUCAGGGCCCUAUCGUCAACGCCGCCGCCGUCCAGAAGCUUGACGCCCUCGUGAAGGGUGCGCCUGAGAUAGGCGCCGUUAUUCACACUGGCGACAAGUUCCUGGAAGAUUUGAAAAUAUACUCCUACGAGCCUACAUUCAUUAGGUCAACACCGGGCCUGAUUAGCGCGGCCGGAUCGCCGAUUGGUGAUGUGAAUGGAAGUGGACUCGGUCGCGAGGCAGCAAGUAUGGUCUGGCAGAGUACCACAACAUCAAGUCCGUGA